UCAGAAAUGUAUAAAACAUGCGAAUGUAGAAGUUAAAUGUUCUAAUUCUAGGUUAAGGUCAUUGCAUAAGCAAUGUAAGUGAAACUAUUUGGUGGUUGCUUUUUAAAAUAUGUCACUUCCUUGUAUAAAACAAUAAGAUUUCUAAUUGUUGAAACAUUGUACAACAUGUUGUCCACAAGAACAAGUAGACUACUCAAGUAUGGCAGUGUGGUGGCCGCCUCAGGCAGUGUUUUAUAUGCCCUAAAUAAUAGCAACAACACUUUAGAUUCUAUUGGUGUAGUGAGAUUAGGAAGAGCAGCCUUUACAGUGUUCAAAAUAGGUGCAAUUUAUAAGAGAAAUCUGUACAAACAUGACCUGGACAAAGAGUCAACUGAGUACAAAGAUUUGAAGAGUUACUGCCAUCUGCAGGGUGCAGAAAACCUGUUGGAUCUUUGCUGUAAGAAUAAAGGUGUUUACAUUAAAGUUGGGCAGCAUGUAGCUGCUUUAGAAUAUCUAUUACCAAAGGAAUAUGUGCAAACAAUGAAGGUACUGCAUAGUCAUGCACCACCAAACAACAUAGAUGAUGUUUACAAAGUUAUUAGAGAAGACUUGAAGGCUGAUCCCAAAGAAAUAUUUGCUGAGUUUGACAUAGAACCAUUAGGUACAGCAUCUCUAGCUCAGGUGCACAAAGCUAAGCUGCAUGAUGGCACAACAGUGGCUGUUAAAGUGCAGCAUCCCUAUGUGCAGGGCAAUUCCAGGGUGGACAUGAAGACCAUGGAAAUUUUGGUUAAAGUUGUAAGCUGGGUGUUUCCAGAGUUCAAAUUCCAAUGGUUGGUUGAUGAGACCAAGAAAAAUAUUCCACAAGAGCUUGACUUUGAAUUGGAAGGAAGAAAUGCGGAGAAAGUUGCGCGCAUGUUUUCGCAUUUGCCUUGGCUUAAAAUACCCAACAUCAGAUGGGAUUACACAACUUCAAGAGUCCUCACCAUGGGCUAUGUGGAAGGUGGACAAGUCAAUGAUUUGAAGUACAUCAAUGAGAAUAAGAUUAGUGCAUAUGAGAUUUCUGAUAAGUUGGGCAGACUUUACUCCCAUAUGAUUUUCAUCAAUGGUUUUGUGCACAGUGAUCCUCACCCUGGAAACAUCCUGGUCAGAAAGAAUGAGCAAGGAAACUGUGAUAUAGUUCUCUUAGACCAUGGAUUAUAUGCUAAUUUAAGCCGACACACGAUGAUUGAAUAUGCGAAUCUCUGGUUGAGUAUACUGGACAGAGAUAGGAAGGCUAUGCGGCAGCAUUGCAAGAACUUGGGAGUCGAAGGGAAUCUGUACGGGCUUUUCGCUUGCAUGAUCACGGGAAGAACGUGGGACUCUAUUAUGUCCGGAAUCGAAAAGAAGAAACCGACGUCCGGUGAGAAAGACCUGUUCCAAAAGGAGUUUCCCAACUUGCUACCUGAUAUAUCGGGCGUGCUGGAUCGCGUCAAUCGUGAAUUGCUGCUGAUUUUGAAGACUAACGACUUAAUGCGUGGCAUUGAAUAUACUUUGAAGACCGGUUCCAGGCAAGGUGCAUUCAAAGUGAUGUCCCAAUGUUGUGUAAAGUCCGUUUACAAGCAACGCAUCGACGAGGCGAAAACCAAAUUCAACAAGUUUACUAACACCAUUGCACAAUUCUGGAUGUUAUUUAAGCUCAAUAUAUAUUACAGUUAUAUAACCUUAAGAAGUUUAGCGCAAUCAAAUUAAAAAUAAUAUAGUUUUAUAAUUUAUGAACUUUUACGAGGUGGACAUUAAUAAUUUGGGAAUCAUUAGACUGAGAAAUUUGGAAAGGCCAGUGGUGCAGGGUCCGCAAACUAUUAGUUGGCGUGCUACUUUGUUCAAGAGUUUGAAAAACUCGUCUUUUAAGCAAUAUAUUACAAAUUUUUAAUA